AUGAACAAAAAUAUCUUAGCCUUCGUCAAAAAUCUUAGCCCUUUGAACAAAACCCUUGCUUUUUCCAACAAGUUCCACUUUUCCAGAACUUUAACUGUUAGAGAAGCCAUCAACGCUGCUUUGGACGAAGAAGUUGCCAGAGAUGAAAAGGUUUUCAUCAUUGGUGAAGAAGUUGCCAACUAUCAAGGUGCCUACAAGGUUACUAAGGGAUUAGUCCAAAAGCACGGACCCAACAGAAUCGUCGAUACUCCUAUUUCUGAAAUGGGUUUUGCCGGUAUUGCUGUUGGUGCUGCCAUGUAUGGUUUAAGACCAGUUGUUGAAUUUAUGACUAUGAAUUUCGCAAUGCAAGCUAUCGAUUAAAUUAUCAAUGGAGCUGCUAAGAUCAGAUACAUGAGUAACGGUGACUUAGAUACCCCUAUUGUUUUCAGAGGUUUGAAUGGUCCCGCUGCUGCAGUCGCCGCUUAACACUCUCAAUGUUUUGCUGCUUGGUACUCUUCUUGCCCUGGUCUCAUUACCAUUUCUCCCUAUGAUGUUGAAGAUGCUAGAGGUUUACUCAAGGCUGCCAUCAGAGACCCCAACCCAGUUGUUUUCUUAGAAAAUGAAAUUAUGUACAAUGUUUAAUUCACUGUCGAUGAUGCUGUCAUGGACAAAGAUUUCGUUCUUCCUAUCGGUAAAGCUAAAGUCAUGAGAGAAGGUACUGACGUCACUAUUGUCUCCUUCUCCAAGCCUGUUAAAUACUGCUUAGAAGCUGCUGAAUUACUUGCCAAGGAAGGUAUUUCUUGUGAGGUUAUUAACUUACGUACCAUCAGACCCUUGGAUAGAAAGGCUAUUGUUGAUUCAGUUAAAAAGACCCACAGAUUAGUAACCGUUGAAGAAGGAUGGCCAUAAUGUGGUGUCGGAUCUGAAAUCUGCGCUUUAAUGAUGGAAAGUUCUGCUUUCGAUUUCUUAGAUGCUCCUGUUGAACGUGUUGCUGGUUUGGAUAUCCCUCUUGCCUAUGCUCCCAAUCUUGAAGCUAUGUCUUUACCCAACGCUUAACACGUUGCUAACGCUGUCAGAAAAACUCUUAAGGGUCACAAAUGA